AUGGGGAGCCCCCGAGUCCCCACGCGGACCGUGCUCUUCCGGAGCGAGAGGAGCGGCCUGACCUACCGGGUGCCCGCGCUGCUGCCCGUGCCGCUCGGGCCCAGCCUGCUGGCCUUCGCGGAGCAGCGGCGCAGCCCCAGCGACGCGCACGCCCACCGCCUGGUGCAGAGGCGCGGCGCGCUGGCGGGGGGCUCCGUGCAGUGGGGCGCCGCCCAAGUGCUGGACACGGCGGCCCUGGAGGAGCACCGGUCCAUGAACCCCUGCCCCGUGCACGACGCGCGCACCGGCACCGUCUUCCUCUUCUUCGUGGCCGUCCGCGGCCAGACCCCCGAGGGCGCGCAGAUCGCCACGGGCAGGAACGCCGCGCGCCUCUGCUGCGUGGCCAGCCGGGACGCCGGCCGCACCUGGGGCCGCGCGCGGGACCUCACGGCGGAGGCGGUGGGCGCCGCCGAGCGGGACUGGGCCACGUUUGCCGUGGGCCCAGGCCACGGCAUCCAGCUGGGCUCGGGCCGCCUGCUGGUGCCAGCCUACACCUACCAUGUGGACCGGCGGGAGUGCUUCGGCAAGAUCUGCAGGACCAGCCCCCACGCCUUCACCUUCUACAGCGAUGACCACGGCCAGACCUGGCACCACGGCGGCCUCCUGCCCAACCUGCGCUCGGGCGAGUGUCAGCUGGCUGUGGUGGACGGAGGGCAGGCGGGCAGUGUCCUCUACUGCAAUGCCCGGAGCCCCCUGGGCAGCCGUGUGCAGGCCCUCAGCACAGACGAGGGCACCUCCUUCCUGCCGGGAGAGCUGGUGCCCACCCUGGCCGAGACUGCCCGGGGUUGCCAGGGCAGCAUCCUGGGCUUCCCAGCCCCACCCUCUAAUAGGCCUGGCGAUGAGGGAUCAUCAGUGGGCACCGGGAAGACUCCCUUUCCUCCAAAUCUCUGUCCUGGCGCCCAGGAACCCCCAGAGGAGGGGGCUGGAGACACCCUAAGGGGUGGGGGGCUGGGUGGGACAGAGAGAUGUGGGGGCGGGACAGAGGGAUCAGGGGACCCCAGCCCAGGGCCUGGGACCGGUGGGGACAGGAGGGCCUGGUCCCUGCAGCUCCCUAGGCUCCCUGCUGCCCUGCCUCAGAGCCCCACGUGGCUGCUGUAUUCCCACCCAGCGGGCCGCAGGGCUCGGCUCCAUAUGGGUGUCCACCUGAACAGGUCCCCCCUCGACCCCCACAGCUGGUCGGAGCCGUGGGUGAUCUACCAGGGCCCCAGCGGCUACUCUGACCUGGCAUCCAUCGGGCCCACGCCUGAGGGCGCCCUGACCUUCGCCUGUCUUUAUGAGAGCGGAGUCAGGGUGUCCUACGAGGAGAUCUCCUUCUGCAUGUUCUCCCUGCGCGAGGUCCUAGAGAAUGUGCUUCCGGGCCCCGGGCCCCCCGGCCUGGUGGGCAAGCCCCGGGAGCAGUGCUGGCCCUCCUGA